CUCUCUCUCUCUCUUUCUAGUUGGCCUGUGAUCUUUCUUUAAGGGCUAUUUUCUUGAAUUUUCUUUUAACUGUUCUAACAAUUUAGAAACUAAUAAAUAACCCAAGAAAAUAUUUGGGUUGAUUUCCCUUCUUUUCUUUUCUUUUUGAUCGAAAGGAAGCUGGAAUAUAUAUACGUACGAGAGGAUCAUUGAAGAAGCAAAAAAUGGAGGUUGAUACUGCUGAUGGAUCAACAAUGAAGAGGGGUGAAGCAGCUGACAAAGAAGAAGAUAAAAACAAGAACAAUGGCAGUAACAAGAAGAAGAAGACAUCUGCUGACGAUCAAAAAGUGCCAUUUUACAAGCUUUUUUCAUUUGCAGAUAGAUUGGAUAUGUUCUUGGUAACAGUAGGAACCAUCGCGGCUAUUGCUAAUGGCUUAACUCAACCCUUCAUGACGCUCAUUUUCGGUCAAAUGAUCAAUUCUUUCUCCGGUGCAGAUCAAUCCGGUGUCGUUAAAGCAGUCUCAAAGAUUGCAGUCAAGUUUGUCUACUUGGGGGUUUAUGCCUGCAUUACUUCAUUUCUACAGGUAUCAUGUUGGAUGGUGACCGGGGAAAGACAGGCCGCCCGCAUUCGUGGCUUGUAUUUAAAAACCAUUCUCAGACAAGACAUUGGUUUCUUUGACACUGAAACAUCGACCGGUGAAGUCAUUGGGAGGAUGUCGGGUGACACUAUCCUCAUUCAAGAGGCAAUGGGCGAGAAGGUUGGGAAGUUUAUACAACUAGUAUCAGCUUUCAUUGGUGGGUUUAUAAUAGCUUAUGUAAAAGGAUGGCAACUAGCACUAGUUCUAUCAGCCUGCAUCCCACUUGUUGUCUUUGCUGGUGGAACCAUGGCCAUGAUAAUGGCUAAAAUGUCGAGCAGAGGACAGGUUGCUUAUGCUGAAGCUGGAAACGUAGUGGAACAAACUGUUGGGGCCAUUAGAACAGUCGCAUCAUUUACCGGCGAGAAAUUCGCUAUCGAAAAAUAUAAUGAUAAGCUACAGAUCGCCUAUAGUGCCACCGUUCACCAAGGGCUGGUUUCAGGCCUAGGACUUGGUGUAAUGUUGCUUGUUGUGUUUUCUACUUAUGGAUUAGCUGUAUGGUUUGGCGCUAAAUUGAUAGUACACCAUGGAUAUAAUGGCGGACAAGUCAUUAAUGUUAUAUUAGCAAUUAUGACAGGAGGAAUGUCGUUGGGACAGACAACUCCGAGUGUAAAUGCGUUUGCAUCGGGGCAAGCUGCAGCGUAUAAGAUGUUCGAGACUAUUAAAAGAAAACCGACGAUUGAUCCGUACGACACGAGUGGAGUAAUGCUGGAAGAUAUCCAGGGUGAAAUAGAACUUAAGGAUGUCUAUUUCAGGUACCCUGCAAGACCAGAUGUGCAGAUAUUUGCUGGUUUUUCGUUGCACGUACCAAGUGGUACAACUGUGGCCUUGGUUGGACAAAGUGGGAGUGGGAAAUCAACGGUGAUUAGCCUUUUGGAGAGAUUCUAUGACCCUGAUUCUGGCCAAGUUCUUAUCGAUGGCGUUGAUUUGAGAGAGUUGCAGCUUCAAUGGAUACGGGGGAAAAUCGGGCUUGUCAGCCAAGAACCUAUAUUGUUUGCAACAACUAUCAGGGAAAACAUUGCAUAUGGAAAGGACAAUGCCACUAAUGAAGAGAUUAAAGCAGCAAUUGAGAUGGCUAAUGCUGCUAAAUUCAUUGACAAGUUGCCCAAGGGGCUUGACACCAUGGUGGGGGAGCAUGGAACUCAACUUUCAGGCGGGCAAAAGCAACGAAUAGCUAUAGCAAGAGCCAUUUUAAAGGAUCCAAAAAUCCUCCUCCUCGAUGAGGCUACGAGUGCGCUGGAUGCAGAGUCGGAACGGAUUGUUCAAGAUGCACUAGUGAGGGUGAUGACUAAUAGAACAACUGUGGUGGUGGCACAUCGAUUGACGACUAUCAGGAACGCUGACAUGAUAGCGGUGGUGCAUUUAGGGAAACUUGUGGAGAAAGGAACUCAUGAGGAGUUGAUCGGAGAUCCAGAAGGGGCUUAUUCCCAGUUAGUUCGUUUGCAAGAGGGAACUAAAGAAGGUGGUGAUGCUCUUGGGAAGGAAGCCGAACAAUCUGAUGUAACCACAGAUAUAGAGAAGGACAUUAGUCGGUCCGGAAGCCAGAGACUGAGUGCAUCUCUGAUAAGGUCCAUAAGCAGAAGUGCAUCAUCAAGCCGACAAUCCUUCACAUAUAAUUUCGGUGUUCCCGGUCUUGCUAACUUUGCCGAGACAGAAGAAACAGGCGUAGAGAGCAAUGUACCAGAAGAAACUAAAAUCGAAAGACGCAAAAGUGUUUCAAUUAGACGGCUGGCGAAUCUUAACAAGCCUGAGGUACCUGUCCUAUUGAUUGGAUCCAUUGCUGCUGCUGUACAUGGACUGGUUUUCCCAAUAUUUGGUCUCCUUUUCUCAUCAGCCAUUAAAACAUUCUAUGAACCACCAAGUAAGCUGUUAAAGGAUUCCAAGGUGUGGGCAGUUAGUUACGUUGGAAUGGGUGUGGUUAUUCUAUUGGUCGGACCGAUGCAGAAUUUCUUUUACGGAGUUGCAGGCGGGAAAUUGAUCCAAAGAAUCCGUUCCUUGACGUUCGAGAAAGUAGUCCACCAAAACAUCAGUUGGUUCGACGAUCCUGAGAAUUCGAGUGGCGCCAUCGGUGCGAGACUGUCCACCGAUGCAUCGACUGUAAGAAACCUUGUCGGUGAUAGCUUGGCCCUGAUUGUACAAAACAUAGCUACUAUCAUAGCAGGAUUAGUCAUAGCAUUUACUGCUAACUGGAUAUUAGCUAUAGCAAUCCUAGCUGUCAUGCCAUUUACAUUAAUUCAAGGAUACCUGCAGACCAAAUUUCUCAAGGGAUUCAGUGCGGAUGCAAAGUUGAUGUAUGAAGAAGCAAGCCAAGUAGCUAAUGAUGCAGUAGGAGGUAUAAGAACUGUUGCUUCAUUUUGUUCAGAAAAGAAGGUGAUGGGUUUAUACCAAGAGAAAUGCCAAGCCCCAAUGAAGCAAGGAGUCCGUCUCGGACUCGUAAGCGGUUCCGGGUUUGGUUUCUCUUUCUUUGCUCUAUACUGCACAAAUGCCUUUUGUUUUUACCUUGGAGCUGUACUAGUGAAGCAUGGGAAAGCAACAUUUGAAGAAGUAUUCAAGGUUUUCUUUGCAUUAACGGUGUCAGCCAUUGGUGUUUCACAAACAAGUGCUUUAGCUCCUGAUACCAAUAAAGCCAAAGAUUCAGCAGCUUCAAUAUUUGAGAUUCUUGAUAGAAAACCCCCCAUUGAUUCAAGCAGUGAAGAUGGUUCCACAAUACCUACCGUUACAGGCAACAUUGAGUUGGAACAUGUUAGUUUCAAGUACCCAACACGACCAGACAUUCAAAUAUUCAAAGAUUUGUGUCUCAGCAUACCUUCUGGAAAGACUGUUGCACUUGUUGGUGAGAGCGGGAGUGGGAAAUCAACCGUGAUUAGCCUCAUUGAAAGGUUUUACGAUCCAGACUCUGGUUGUGUAAUGUUGGAUGGCAUUGAUAUUAGGAAGAUAAGAAUAAGUUGGCUUAGGCAACAAAUGGGAUUGGUUAGCCAAGAGCCAAUACUUUUCAAUGAGACCAUACGUACCAACAUAGCCUAUGGCAAACAAGGAAAUGCAACCGAAGAAGAGAUCAUGGCAGCUACGAACGCAGCGAAUGCACAUGUGUUUAUCAGUUCGUUGCCGCACGGUUACGACACUUCGGUCGGAGAACGGGGGAUUCAGUUGUCCGGCGGGCAAAAACAGCGUAUAGCCAUUGCUAGAGCCAUUUUGAAGGACCCCAAGAUCCUUUUGCUUGAUGAGGCAACAAGUGCUUUAGACGCAGAAUCGGAGCGUGUGGUGCAGGAGGCAUUGGACACGGUUAUGGUGAACAGAACGACUGUUGUUGUUGCUCAUCGCCUUAGCACGAUAAAGGGUGCUGAUAUUAUCGCGGUGGUGAAAAACGGAGUCAUUGUUGAGAAAGGUCGACACGAUACGUUGAUAAAUAUUACCGAUGGGGCUUAUGCUUCCUUGGUGGCACUUCACUUGACAUCUUCGGUAGACACGAUACGUUGAUGAAUAUAACCGAUGGGGCUUAUGCUUCCUUGGUGACACUUCACUUGACAUCUUCACCACAAGGCAGAAACUUCAUACUGUGAUGCAUAUUAUGUUGCUUGACUAUUUGUAGAAGAUGUCAAGUGAACACACACACAAUGCAGAUGAAGAAGAAGAUCUUCAAAACUGUAACUCCAAUUUCUCAAUUUCUCUAAGUAACUCCAAAUGAAAUCAGUUUCUUAGAGCCAAAAGGAUUGGUUUUUGAAUUUACCUUUUGACCUCUUUUCUUUAGACAUCAUGAAAAACUACAUGUUGAAGGUUAAAGUUUCAUAAGAUAGUUUUAUAAAUUUCUUUAGCUAGUUCCUUCUGGGAUGCACCCAAAAAAUGGAUGCAUUGCCUCAAUGGUAUAAUUAUGAUUAUAGUGCA